AUGGCGGCGCUGCGGGGCCUGCGGGGCCUGCCGGGGCUGCGGCGGCUCCGGGCACCGGGCCCGACCCCCCGCCCGCCGCUGCUGCUGCCGCGGGGCCGCCCCGCCACCGCCCCGAGCGCCGUGUCCGUGUCCUCCGCCCCCCCCGGCUCUGGGGGCCGUUCCCGGCGGGCUCUGGCUGCUCUGGGGGUCCUGGCAGCAGCAGCGGGGGGGUCCCUGUCCCUGGCCCUGUCGCUGGGGGGGGGCCCCCUCAGUGCAGGGGAGCUGGAGCUGCACCCCCCGGCCUUCCCCUGGAGCCACGGGGGGCCCCUGCAGGCCCUGGACCACGCCAGCCUGCGCAGGGGGUUCCAGGUGUACCGCCAGGUGUGCUCAGCCUGUCACAGCCUGGAGUACGUGGCCUUCAGGAACCUCAUCGGGGUCACCCACACCGAGGCCGAGGCCAAGGCUCUGGCUGAGGAGGUGGAGGUGCAGGACGGGCCUGACGAGAACGGGGAGAUGUUCAUGCGGCCCGGCAAGAUCUCCGACUACUUCCCACGGCCCUACCCCAACCCCGAGGCUGCCCGGGCGGCCAACAACGGGGCCCUGCCCCCCGACCUCAGCUACAUCGUCAACGCCAGGCACGGCGGGGAGGAUUACGUGUUCUCGCUGCUGACGGGGUACUGUGACCCCCCCGCGGGGGUCUCGGUGAGGGAGGGGCUGCACUACAACCCCUACUUCCCGGGCCAGGCCAUCGGGAUGGCCCCGCCCAUCUACGACGAGGUGCUCGAGUUCGAUGACGGGACCCCCGCCACCAUGUCCCAGAUCGCCAAGGACGUGUGCACCUUCCUGCGCUGGGCGGCCGAGCCCGAGCACGACCACCGCAAGCGCAUGGGGCUCAAGGUGGGUCGGGGGCUCCGGGAGGGGGGA